AUUGCGUCUUAUCUCAUUUUCUCAAUGGCCCUUCUAAAAAAAUCAGCUGAGUGUCAGUGUUUGCUGCAUCGUAAUUUACUCAUCUGUUUUUCUCCCAAAAUCGUUGUAAAGUGCGCAUUUCACUGAAGAUGAAUCAAAUUUUCCGGAAAAUCUCCUCAAGUCCAUCACUCAUCCAGAUCCCCUUCAAAGUGUCCGUUUUGUGUCGAAAUACGCGACUCCUGUCCAAUGAUAUCAAGUCAAAAUUCAGUAUUCGGGAUGAAGUAUUGGACGGCAGACCUCUGUAUUUGGAUGCCCAAGCCACGACUCCUUUGGAUCCUCGAGUUCUCGAUGCCAUGCUGCCCUAUUUGACCAGUUACUACGGGAAUCCCCAUUCCAGAACCCAUGCCUAUGGCUGGGAGAGUGAAGGAGCCAUGGAGAAGGCAAGGGCUCAAGUGGCUGAACUCAUUGGGGCAGAUCCGAGGGAGGUUAUUUUCACUUCCGGUGCCACUGAGUCCAAUAAUAUCAGUGUCAAGGGAGUGGCUAGGUUCUAUGGGGAGAAGAAACGCCAUGUGAUCACGACUCAGACUGAGCACAAAUGCGUCCUGGACUCUUGCCGGGCGCUCGAGGGUGAAGGAUUCCGGGUGACGUACUUGCCAGUGGGCAAAAAUGGGAUUAUCAGCAUGGAAGAGUUGGAAAAAGCCAUCACUCCAGACACUUCCCUCGUCUCCGUGAUGACAGUGAACAAUGAGAUUGGAGUGAAGCAGCCAGUGGCAGAGAUUGGCGCCCUGUGCCGCUCCAAGGGAAUUUUCUUUCACACGGAUGCUGCCCAGGCCAUCGGCAAGAUUCCCAUCGAUGUCAACGCCAUGAAGAUCGACCUGAUGUCAAUCUCUGGGCACAAAGUGUACGGUCCCAAAGGAGUCGGCGCCAUUUACGUCCGCCGGCGUCCGAGAGUGCGAAUCGAGGCGAUCCAGAGCGGAGGUGGCCAGGAACGAGGCAUCCGCAGCGGAACUGUCCCAACUCCCCUUGCCGUUGGUCUAGGAGCCGCCUGUGAAAUCGCUUCCCGCGAAAUGGAGUACGAUCACAAAUGGAUAACCUUCCUCUCAGACCGGCUCCACAACAAAAUCACCUCAGCCCUGCCCCAGGUCAUCCGCAAUGGAGAUCCCAAGGAAACCUACCCCGGCUGCCUGAAUCUCUCCUUCGCCUACGUCGAGGGAGAAUCUCUGCUCAUGGCCCUCAAAGACGUGGCUCUUUCCAGUGGAUCAGCCUGCACUUCAGCCUCCCUGGAGCCAUCCUACGUCCUCCGGGCCAUUGGAACAGACGAAGAUCUCGCCCACAGUUCCAUCCGAUUCGGCAUGGGCAGGUUCACAACCGUCGAGGAGAUUGACUAUACAGCCGACAAAUGCAUCAAACACGUCACACGGCUCCGGGAGAUGUCUCCGCUCUGGGAAAUGUUCCAGGACGGAGUGGACUUGAAGACGAUUCAGUGGUCUCAGCAUUAAAUGUUACACGAGGUGAUAGAUGUACAUUGAGGAUUAAAUGGUUUUAUUAAAUUACGCAGAGAAUUGUGAAA